CUCUUUUUCUAAGAGAAGAAAUCAAAGAAAGGUAUUGUUAUACAGGAAGAAUAUUAAACGAUAUUCUUUUCGUAUUCGUAUAUACAUUUAUAUUUUGCUAUUUCAAGUUUAUUAUUUUAGGAAUGAGCGAAGAAAAUUAAUUGAAUGCUGAUAAAAACUAAAACAAAAAUAAUCUUGAGAAAAUAAUAAAGUUAGAUAAAAAGAAUGGGAAUUUUGAUAUUUAUGAUAAAUACUCCAGGUAAGAAGAAUAUUCAUCACAAUUAGACGAAAGCUGAAGAUUAGGACAUCAUAGAACAAUUCCUACAUAAACAGUUCAUAUUAGAAUGAAUACAUAUUAUGUUAUUUUUGGAGACAUAUAAAUUAAGUGUACUUCAAAAAAGUGGAUGAACCCGAAUUAGAAAGACUUGAAUAUCUUAAAGCAAUGAAUGAAGAUGCUAUUGUGACAGAAUUUCCUGUGAAAUAUGCAGAUUAUAAGUUUUAUUAAGCAAGAUAAAUCUUAAAUAAAUAACAGAUUUAAUCAGAAAAUAAAACUUAUUGGGAGAAUAUUUAAAAGCAUAUUAAGUUGAGUGGUCUAAUUCAUAAAGCAAAAGCUUUAAAAAUACCUUAGAUUGAGAAAAUAUAUUACAUGAAACAAAAAUCAAUGGUUAAAUUUAAAUAAAAAAACAUUAGGUAUGUAUUGUAUAUAUAAAAAUAAUAAAGUUCACUAAUUUAAGAAAAUGCCUAAUUAGAUAAAUUAUUGGAUAAGUUGAAUGAACAGAUAGAAUUAAGGACAGGAUAAAAAGAUGAAAUAUUUCAACAAUUAUAAGAGUACUCUAAUGAAUUGUAACAAUUAAAUAAAUCAAAUAAAAAAGAUCUUUAGAAUUUGAGCCAAAAAAUUAAAUGUGAGUAACCUUUAAACGUCUUUGGAACCUAAGUGCAUAUAUACAAAUAAGGAAGAGGUAAUAAUGGUCUCAGCAAGAAUUAAAUAAUCUAUAAUAAUGAAGCACUAUUGACAUAUUUAAGAAAGAGUCUAGAACAGUUAGAUUAUAGAUAGACUGCAGAAUCAAUAGUAAAAGUCAUAAAUACAGUGCAUUCUCCAAAUGGUUAUUAGUUCUGUGUGGCAUUUGAAUCAGCUUUAAAUUCAACUUAUGUAAAUAUAGAUGAAGAUUUAAUGUAUGAAUUGGAUAAACUCAGGGAUACUUCUUUAUUUAAAUUUUAUAAUAUCCCUCAAAAAACUAAAUAUUCUCAUAUAGCUUAAAAUGUAUAACAUUAUUUUGAUUAAUUAAGUUUAUUGGCAUAAAUCAAGUAUAAUAGAAUAGAUAAAAGCCAAAUCCAUUGAUAAAUAAGAAUCUAACAAAAGAAUCUAAAACAGCUUAAUCUUGUGAUAAUGAUUCAAUUUUAUUAAGAUAUGAAGCAUGUCAUCAUUGCAAAAUGUUAUUUAGAGAAGAAUAUCUAAUAUCUUGUAAUUAUAGAAGUGGAACUAUGGGUCUUCCAAUUAUAAAUUCAUCAAUAACAGAUUCAUAUUUAUUUGCUCAAAGUAUGCUUUAAUUUAAAAAAUUUUUAGUGGAUGAUGAAGGCAUCAAAAGUAGAAGAUAAGUUCCAAAUAGAAAAAAAACAGCAUAUAGCAUUUAUUCAAAAAAGAGUAUAAAAAUUUACUAAUUAAUAUUAGAUGGAGAAUUGAUAUGUUAAAGAAAAUUUUGUAGAAUGUGUUUAAAAUAAAAUUAUGAUAUUAAAAUAGAUGAAAUAUCUUAGAAAACUGAUUGGGUUUGUCCGUUUUGUUAGGUAUUUUUUAUAAUUAAAUUAGGCUAUAUGUUUUUGUUCAAGAUGUUAAAGAAAUGAUAUAAUGAUAAAAUUAAAAGAUUUAUAUACUAUUUGUGGAGGUGAUUUAGAACAAUUAACCAAGGAUUCAAUUUUUGAAAAACAUGUUCGACCUUUAACUGAUGAUUAAUUAUAUAGAAAGAAACCUAGUUAACUUCAAGUAUUUAAAUAUUUAUAUAAUAAAAAAAGAGAACUGGAUACUCUUUUGUAAAAUAAUAAUUGAAUAGCUUUAAAGAUAUGCAAACAAUAAGAUUAGAUUUUGAAAAUCUGAGAUUGUUGUGUUCUCAAGUUAUGAGAAGGGAAAAAAUGAAAUGGAAAAUAUUGGAAUAAGAUAUUCUCAUUUGGAAUUACGAAGUCAAGUAAUUCACAUCAUAGAAAUAAUCAAAAUAAUAAAUUCCAAAAAUUAUCUAAAAAAAAUAAAAAGAACAGAAGAAACUCAAAAAAAGUACAAAGAAAGCUCAAAAGUAAUAAUUAUUAAUUGAUUAUUAUAGAUAUGAUGUUCAAUAUAUUCAAGAGUAAUCUUCUUCUUCUUUUUCAUCUAGUAGUAGUGAGUAUUAAUAAAGUAGUGAUUAUGAAUCUGAAGAAAAUAAUAAUAAUAAUAACAAUAAUAAUAAUAAUAAUAACAAUAAUAAAUAAUAAAAUGAACAGAUAAUGGUACCUUAAAAAAUGAGAUAAAAAAAUAGUAAAUAAAUGAGUAAUGACAAAUAAUAAUCAUUAAAUAAGAUAUUACAAAAUUAUAAGUCAUUUCCCGCAAAAAAUGUAAAAAGAGAAGUUGCCUAUUUAUUAUAAUAUUAAGAUAGCGACACUUAUAGUCUUAUUGUAAAGAAAAUAAAAUAAGAUUAAUCGAUUAACUCCAUAAAGAGAUGA